AUUCAUUCGGAAUAGUCAAACCUGUGGAUACCUUGGACACGGAAGAAAGACGCCAAGCUAAGGAAAUACAUUAACCUGGGACAAUGGAAGACAAAUCAAGUACGGGGAAUGCCGCGUUUCCUAAGAACACAUGGAGAUCCGUCUCUAUGUACAACAAAACAAUGCAUGCCUUUAUGGAAAAUACUUCUAUGGCCCCGAGCGAUGCUGCAUCUGAAUUAGACAAUCGGAAGAAGAUUAAGUACGGAAACGCUGCUCAAGCCGCCUGGGGAAUCAUUUCUGAGUACUUCAAUUAUAGUACGAUUCACGGUUUGCGGUAUUUGGGUGAAAAACGACCGUUUUUGGAAAAACUUUUCUGGGCGACAGUAUUCCUGCUUUCAAUUUAUGCCUGUGCCCGGCUUACGCACAACAUUUGGGUGAAGUGGGAUCAGAAUCCUGUGAUUGUCAGUUUUGCAGAAAAGUCCACCCCAGUUUGGCAAAUCCCUUUCCCGUCUGUAACCAUUUGCCCAGAAACAAAAGCUAGACAAAGCUUGUUUAAUUUCACCGAUAUGUUCUGGAUGAUAGCCGAUAACAGGACGCAUGAAGCAACAGAGGAGCAGAUAUUCAGUAUGGAAGCGGUUUCACAAGUAUGCGAUCUCCACCUCAUGCAAGGCUUCGAGUUCGGCAACCGAAUCGUCAAUAAUUCCAUCAUUAAUGUACUCGAAAGAACGGCUGUGGAAUUCAAUGAAACAUUCAUGACAUGUAAAUGGCGAAACGUGAUGGGUGCCUGCGAUUCCAUGUUCCAAAAAGUCAUCACUGAGGAAGGCAUCUGCUACACCUUCAAUGCAAUUGAUGCUAGUGAGACCUACCGGAAUGAAAGCAUACAUGACGACUAUAUUUUCAUGGUAAACUACGAUAAGAAAUCUAACUGGAAUCUUGAAGAUGGCUACUCGGCGGAUGCUGGUACCGAAACAUACCCGGAGCGAGUUCUAGGAGCAGGAGCACGGGCAGGACUUUUUGUGCUGGUUAAAGGCAUGGAGUCCGAUUACGAUCAUAUAUGCAGAGGACCCGUACAAGGUUUUAAGAUUUUGCUGACUACACCUGGAGAGAUGCCGCAAGUGUCGAGGCAAUAUUUUCGAGUUCCAUUUGGGCAGGAAGUGUUGAUUUCAAUAAAGCCGAAUAUCAUUACAACAUCAGAUGGCCUCAAGGAUUAUUCUCCAGAAAGGAGACAAUGCUAUUUCCAAAAGGAACGUUAUCUUCGCUACUUCCAAGUUUACACUCAAUCCAACUGUGAACUCGAAUGCUUGGCCAAUUACACUUUGAAGGAAUGUGGAUGCGUUAAAUUCUCAAUGCCAAGAAAUGAUUCGGCGCCCAUCUGCGGAGCUGCGAAUAUUGAAUGUUACAACGCUGCCGAAGACAACCUCCUAGCCAUGGAGUUCAAGGAAGGACUUCAAACUUCUGCCCUGAACUAUCGCGGCGAAACACAAUGCAAUUGCUUACCAGCCUGCACUUCCAUAGCAUAUGAAGCAGAAAUAUCUCAAGCUGACUUUCACUUCUUAAAACUGUUUCAAUCUUUCCGCGAAACGGAACUAGAGAAGUUUCCUGGGACUCAAAUGGGACGACUAUCGAUAUUCUUCAAGGAGAAUCAAUUUCUGACUUCUAAGCGCUCGGAGUUGUAUGGUACCACCGACUUCCUGGCCAGUUGUGGUGGUUUGCUGGGUCUGUUCAUGGGGGUUUCAACGUUGAGCAUCGUUGAGUUGUUGUACUUUUGCACUGUUCGUUUGAUAUCGAAUUUGAGGAUGCGACAUGAGAAACGCAAGCAAUUAGCAAAAAUUCAGAUGGUCCAAACUCCACCGGAGAUUGUUGUCGGGAAAAUUGAAAAUCCUAAGGAUGCCUAAAUCUUAAUAGUAAGGAAUUUUGAUCUAGUUUUGAUGUUGUGAAACUUUUACUAUUUAGUUUGGUGGUGAAAACAGCAAUUUUGUGAAUAUCAUAUAUAUUUAAAUUGGAUGGACUUUCGGUGAGUUCGAUGAUGCUGAACUGGAGCCCAUCAUUUUCAAUUUUGAUUCAUGUAAUUAUUUAAGGUUUAGAACUUUGUAGUAGGGGAUCGACUUAACUAGAUCAAUACAUCCUUAAGAUAAAAUUUCAUACAAUCUAUGUUACAGAAGUAAUCCACACACGAAAUGGAGAUUAUGUA